CGUUCCAGUUAGUUCGUAGUAAGCGUCUGUACAGUCGCUAGAGUGAAAUGUAAUGUGUUUCUUCUAAGGGACAUGGAAUUCCAUAUAUUCGGACUUUAGCAAUGGAGGAAUGUCCAUAUAAACCAGGCGAUUAUGUUUGGGUGAAGAUUCGCAGCUGCCCAUGGUGGCCAGCUCAGGUUAUCCCAGAAGAGGAAUGUGUUGUUUAUCACAGUCCUGUCAGUGCAAAGAAAAAGAGAACUUUGGCUCAUGUGAAGUUUUUGAAUGAAAUAUCCUUUGAUGAUAUCACAGAUUUGAAGUCAAUACAGAGACUGGAUUGCCCAGAUGGAAAGCUGUUGACCAAUAAAGGAUUGUCUAAAAAAUCCUACUCAGAAGCCUUCAGGGCUGCUGUGGAGUUGGCUGAGAAAGAAUGUGGCAUUUCUUUACUUCCCAGAGAGCAAAACAGAAAGUGCACCAAUAAGAGGAAGGAUGCUGAUAGAGAUGAGAGCAAAAGAAGACAGAACAUUUCAAACAAAACACAGAAACGUUUUCCUGGUGCAACUCCAAGUAGAAAAAUAAAUGUAUUACCUAACUUUGAAUCUGACAGUUCUCCAGAUGUGUCGCCUGAAGUUAACACCGAACCAUCUUCUAAAAGUUUGAAAACAGGACAGACAAAAUUAACAAUUAAAAAAUCCAUUCAGAAAAGUGUGAAAUUAAAAUGCCUUGAUGAAUCUUCAAUAGAGAGAUGUGGGGGCAGCACAACUCCUUUGAGAGAGUCUUUGCCAUUUUACACCAGUGAUUAUAGCUCGUCUCCAACUUUUCCUUUGUCACCAAUGUCACAUCUGCUUGACAGCUGUUCCUUUGACUUACCCACACCGACACCAGCGGACCGCAGUGGGUCUGUCAGUAACAGACUCUCCUUUGAUCCUAAUUUACAGAAAGACAUGUGUGAUUCAUCAGACAGUGAUAUCGAACUUCCUGAUGGACUAUCCCCGAUCGUAGGAGGUCCACCUUUUUCCGAAAAGGAUAUUAUAUUGAUCAGAUGGAAAAGGUACCCAUUCUGGCCUGCUUAUGUAAAGAAAAUCUACUGGAAAAGACAACAGGUCUUGAGAAUUUCAGUGAUCUUUAUAAAGCCAAUGGAAAAUACACCUGUUGAAAAGAUAACAAUGCGAUACAAAAGAAAAACUGCUCUCCCUUUCAAUGAACAUGAGAAGAAAAAGAUCCUAGACAAUCUUCAGGAAGAGAACAGUAAACAGUUUUCCAUGGCAUGUGAGGUUGCAGAAGACUACCUGGAUAAAAGAGUAUUAGGACGCUGGAAGAAGGGUAUUCCUGGUCACCUAAAUAUGUGUGAAUCUGAUUCUGAAGAUGGAAAGAUCCCCGACUUUGAGGACUAUGGACCUGCUCUGUCUGACAGCAUGAGUGAAUGUUCCUCAGCAAGGGGAGAUCUACAGCCUCUAGAUGAUCUCACUAACCCUAAAGAACAGGAACGGUAUGAGAAAAUGAAAAGAAGGAAUGAGAAUCUGAUAGCAUAUAUAAAAUCAGAAGAAAUGAAAAAUUACCUAGAACAGAUAUACCACGGAAAGAAAAGGAGUGAACGACACACCAAGUAUCACAGCUCUAGAACAAAAGAGAAGGCUUCUAUCAGACAUGCUGGUUUUGGACCGAUUGCUGAUGAAGAACAGCAAGACGAUAUCAUCACCACCUUAAUUAAGUGGCACCAAGAAGUCCAAGGCCAGACGCCUGAUGAGUUACCUAACUAUGACUAUGUUAUGGAUGUAUGGAUACCGGAGGCUAUUAUUCAAGGGCUCAUUAAAGCCAAGGGAUACAUGCGUGGAAAAGCAACAGAGAAAUUUGCUAAAGGAGUCAUUCUUUCCAAAGGAGAAAAGGAGAGAGUUCAUCGGUCGCUGAUAGAAAGCGCCAAACAUAUCUCCAGGGAAGAUUGGAUCAACCAUGAAGAAAAAAGGAACAUUCAGUUGAAGGAAAUGGGAGUCAAUGUACCGAGCCGAAGACCAGCAAAAGUUGUCAAGCUACAGCAGUUUCACCCUUAAAAUAAUAAGGCUUUGUGGUUUGACAGUGUUUGUUCAUUCGGUGAAACAUUUGUUGAAAAACUAAAGGUUAAGUGUUUGGAGAAAUGGCAAGGUUGAUUUGCAUGAUUUAUUAUGAGGAAUCAUGAAUGUAAUGGUCGAUGAAGUGGCCAUCAACGAUAACACAAAUUGUAUGCUUUUUAAAUUGGCCUUUAUCUGUGGUCUGUGAUCUCUCCGUUAUAUGUGUGUCAUCCACUCAUUGAUCAUUCUCAAAUUUCAUAUAUACACCCCUCUCCCCCUCUCCCCCCUAGUCUCUUGUUGUCUUGUUGUGCAUAUUGCAUUUCAAGACUGAUCAGAAAAAAUGGGAAACAGACGUCCAUUUGAAUUAUGACAUUAAAUGUCUGAUUCAGAUCUCUUUUUAGACUUUCUUUUUUUUGAGGCUUAUAGACAAUAAGAUGGUGGCUAUUAUCAAUUUGACUGUUAAAAAUUGUUAAAAUUGGCAUUGCUAUUUUCAAAAAGUUCUUGAUGGACCACUGGAAUUUGAUAGUGAAAGUUUCUCUAUUUCUCAGAAAGUUCUACACUGACCUUUCUUAAAUUUUAUAUCAAGAGAAAAGAUGGGAAAAAGAGAGAAAAAGAUCAGUAUUACAUUGAUUCGAUAAAAGUAAUUCAAACUUUAAGAUGAAUACCAAGAUCCUUUUGAGGUCUCUUGUUUAAACGAAUGUGUCAAACUGCUGGGUUGAAGGGCUAUACAAUAUUACCAAAAUGAAUACAUUUUCCUCAUAUUGGAAGGAAAAGGUAUAUUGAUCUUAGCAGCAACAUCUGUAAAUGACAUAAAUCUGUUUUCAAAUUGCAUUGGUAGCAGAGUGAUACAAGCCCAUUUGGCCUCUUGUUAUUACUAAAGAAUGACAUUCGGUAUUGUGUAUUGUCUUUUAGUUCACAAAUAUCAAUUUGUACAUUUGCUAUUGUACCAAAUUUUAUUUGCACAGAUACAUGUGCAAUAAUUGUAGAUAAAAGUAUUGUACAUUAUACAAUUAUAAAUUGUAAAUACAUCUUAAUUGGGUUGUAUAUAAAUUAAAAAAAACACCUAUGUUUUAGUGUUUAACUGCAAGUAUUAGAGCUCAAAGUUCAUUGAUUAUAUUAAGUAUCUUUUGUCUCGCUGUAUAUCAGAGAAUUUUUACAGCAACAUUUAAUAAGGAUGAUUAAAUCUAAUAUAAGUCAGAUAGCUGUUUAUUUUUUGUUGUUCAACAUUCUUUUCAGCUCGCCCAUUCAAAGAAUAAGUAAGCUUUUAAAAUAAUCAACCUAGUGUCAGCAUUUACCAGGUGAACGUUUCAUUUCCACUUGGUAUUUAAAUGCUCUCUGACUGUUACAUAUAUUGAUAAAAAAUUGUUUAGUAUUAUGUAAACUUGGAUGCUGAUAUUGGAUAUGAGGGGAGUUUUGGGAUUUGUGAUUCAUUUAGCAUUGUGAAAUGUUGUUUUUCUUUCUUAGGAGGAGUUUUGAUGUGUUUUCAACAUGUUUUUAGCUUACCAGUUAUGUGUGACCAGUAAUUAUAAACUAAUGCUGUUGCCCCAGAGUGAGUGUGACCAGUAAGCUAAUGCUGUUGCCCCAGAGCGAGUGGUUUUUGAAAAGCUUAUACAGUAUUAAGUUCAUCAGUAUACACCCACAAUCUUCCAACAUACAUAAAUAGAUAUAUAGAUAUUUUGAUUUUUUUCAAAUUUUAUUAUGUUUUGGAAUUUUUGAAAAUUUUAAGUUUUUUAAAGGCUUUUAAGUCCAAAAGUAUAUACCCCACACUCCUCUCAUGUAUGUAAUCAAUAUAGGUCUAGGUGUGGUAAAAUGACAAUGGAGAUUUGGAAAUUUUGACUUUUAUAUUUUAUGGUUGGACAUCAAAUCUAAAGUUAGGAUUACUUUUGGACUUGAUUCAACUCCACAUAGAUAUCUGCUGUUUGCGACUUUAUAAAAUGCAUUGAUGUGGCAUAUAGCGCGAGUUUCCUCUGGCCCUGACCAGUCAUGGUGUCGGGGCCAGAGGAAACUUGGGCUAUGUGGCAUAGAGAUGUUUUGCAAUGGCUUCUGCCAGUGAGUUUCACGAUCAUUGAUUGCACUUGUUAUUUCAUUAGACUGCAGAUUCUGAUGAGUAUACAUCUUUGAUUAAUGGUUUAGUGUUCAAGAAAUAUGUCACCAAUAGGCAAGCUAUACUGUCUAAAUUAUUUCAUUAGACUGCAGAUUCUGAUGAGUAUACAUCUUUGAUUAAUGGUUUAGUGUUCAAGAAAUAUGUCACCAAUAGGCAAGCUAUACUGUCUAAAUCAACUCUGUUCUAUUUCAACCCCUACUCACUUCAUUUUAAUUUCAUAUAAAUGGAUCAAAAUGUGCAUAUUUUUUAGUCUUAAUUAGGAAAACUCAGGUUUUGUUUUAUUUGUUUUUUUAAAUCUUGAAAAUAUUGUAUUCAGCAAAAUACACGAACUUUGUACAUGCUGAGGUCAUAUCUGAUAGCAUGAUACUUUGGAUGAUUUUGGAAGGAUUAUUUUGUUGUUUUGAUGCCAAAUAUGUCAUAUUGGCAUUGAUGAAGUAAGCGUCGUGAUACAUUGAAUUAGAAACAAACAUGCAACGAUUUCACAAAAAUUAAAAUGUAUCCAACAUUGUCAACUUGAAUUAUACAGUCUAUUUGGAAACCAGGAAAUUACAAUUUUUAGCAGAAUGUCAAACAAUUCCAAUGCAUAAUUUCUCAUAAUCAUGAAUAUAUUUUGAUUAUCAUUGUUUUUUUUUUGUUUUUUUUUUUUUUGAAAUACUGAUAUAUUUUUAUUUUUUUUUAACAAAACAAAGUGCAUUAUCUUAUAUAUGAUUUUGAGUUAUAUGCAGCGAUACUAUCUCACAAAUAUGCAUGUAAUUUACCAGUUUUAAAAUGUCCUCAAAUAGAUUCUGUAGGAAGUAUAUAUAAAGGAAAGUUUUUUAAGGAGUAUGAAAUAUAGACUGAUUACUACUAUACUAAUUCAAGUUGACAAUGUUGAAAUUAUUUAAAAUUUUGUGAAUAUUUAGUAUAUAGUAAAUCUAUAAACUGUAAAAUGUUAUAAUUGAUUUUCAAAUCUGCAUUAGCCUGUGAAAAUUAUUUACCAUUUUGUAAGGGUAUCCCCUCAUUCAACCUGUUAUUAUGCAAGGCGGUCCUACCAUGAAUAUCGGUUAAUUCAUUAUAUAAUAACUUAUCAUUUAUGCAAUUACAUGUAUAGUUCUUUUUGAUGUAUCUGCAUAUGGUGAAAAAACUAAAAAAAUAAAUUGAAGUGGGGGUCUGCGCUAAUGUUAAAUCUCCAUAGGCGCUGGACCCUACCUUUGAUGAGAAACAUCAUUAGUGUAAGGGAAACAUCCUUAGGCGAAGAAGGAGCAGGUUUUGCAUAACUGGGGCGGAACCCAAUAGGGGAAAGAGAGUUUGCCCUAAAAAUCACUUAAGUCACAAAGUACUGAACGGAUUUGAACCAAACAUUAUUAGAAAUAUCAUAAAAGAACAGAAACAAAUUUUGCAUAAUUGGGGACACUGACCCCCCUUGGGCCAGAAGGGCGGUGUCCAAUAGGGGAAAUGGGGGCAAGUCCUUUAAAUCGCUAAUUGUUACAAAGCACUGAAUAGAAAAUGGACACAAAUUUGGUGAGAAACAUAAAGGGAAGGGAAAACAGAUUUGAAAGAAAUGGGAACUCCGACCCCCUGGCGCCAGAGGGGCGGGACCCACUAAGGGAAAUAAGAUGUCCUAUAAAUCACUUCUUGUCGCAAAGUACUGAACGGAUUUGAACUAAACAUAGCCAGAAACAUCAUAAGGGAAGGUAAACAGAUUUUGCAUUAAUGGUGAAGUUUUAAGGUGCAGGUUCCUAUAACUUGUUUAAAACUACAAAGAAAAAAUGAAGGUAGGUCAUGCAAUGGUGGGGGAUGGACGCGAAGAUCUCGUUGAUUCGGUAUAACGUGUUUUAAUUUUAGAUUAUUUUUGUGAUAAAAUAAUAAAAAAAAAUUGAAGAAAAGUUGCUAAUACACGUAGAGUACAAGAGUUUCUUUAUUUUAAUAUAUACUGCACAUAUUUUACAAUGGUAACAUUCUAUAGGAUAUUUCUACCCUCCAGCUUUAUCGGGUAUGUUAUAGUUCAGAUUGUUUCAUCAAAAUGGAUACGAGAUUGUUUUGCGAAUUAUGAUUAUUCGUAUUUAGCUACUAGCUUAGCUUGUUAUUUAUUUCUGAGGAAUCAUGGAAAUGUUGGGACAUAUCUUUCUUACUCGAUACGUUGUCUUGUAUUUCAUAUAUUUUGAUGGAAGAAUUGUCACGUAUAGAUAUUCAGUGAAGAUCAUGAGCGAGUUACAGUAUUUUAUCGUUACAUUUUUUUUUGUUCAUGACAACUUGUACAGGUAAUUUUGUAAAGAAAAUAUUGGCGAAUUUGUAGACAAUUACCAUAAGAAAGUUAUAUUCACAUACUGAUAUUAAAUAAAAAAAAAAACAGCAUCAGA